GUUGAAUAUUAAAACAGGGAAAAUAUAACAAUAAAUAAAUAAUGGUAUGGACCAAGGAGAAAACGUAGAAAACGAAGUCUUAAAUUUGAAAGAAUUAUACAGACGGGUCUAUAUUGAUAGAAUUACAGCGAUCGAAUCAGAGAAACGAGGAGAUAUUCACAAGGCGAUUUUAUCAUAUCAAUCAAUCUUGAAAGUAACAAAAGAAAACCCACAUAUUUUUAAAAAGCAAUCUAUUUGGUCUUGUAAGAAGUUUGAGAAACAAAUUAUAGAAGUGGUGAAAAUGUAUGUUUCACAGGCAGAAUUAAAAAUUCCAACAUUAAGCAUUUUUACAAAGAUGGAUCCAAACUUAUUUUUGUCAGUCAAUAAUAACAAUCAUACAAGUAAAAAUGUUUCACCCGAUUUUUAUCCAUCUGAAAGUACAAAUCAUGUUUCUAAAGAAAUAGAUAAAUGUUCUUAUUCGGAAAAAAAUCAGCAACAUCCAGACUUUCAAAAAGAAAACGAUAUCUUUAGACAAUUUUUACAAAUAUCUGAUCCAGACAAAAAUACCUUUCAUAAAAACAUGUUUAAAAACAAAAAUCCUGAAAAAGAGUCAUCUAAAGAUAAUUUUUCAUAUACUAGAAGAACUUCUCAACCUAAACAAUUUCCUCGAACACUUCGUCAAACAAAAUCACGUUCAUCAUUAAUUCAUAAUAAUGUAGAAAGAGCUGCAUUCUAUGCAUGGAACAGUGGAAAUAAUUCGACUGUACGUCUACAAAAAAAAAAUGAAACAAAUAUAAAUUUCUCUCAACGUUUUAUUGAUUUAACAAUUCAACUCUGUUCAUCUUUGUUUUCAACAUCAUGUAGAUCAUCAUUACACGAACCAUAUACAUCUAAAACAUUUCCAGUACCAAAUGAUUUAUUCAAUUCACAAUAUAUCGAUAAAGACAAUAUAACUAAUGAAUUAUCGAAUCCAAUAUUUAAACAACCACUAUCUUCCAAAACACCGGCUUCUAUUGCACCAGAUCCAUCAUAUUUUCAAAAUUUAAACCUGGAUGCAAAAGGCCAAUCUCAUAUACAAAGAAAUAUUUCAUCAAUUGAAAUGCAAAAAUCUUUACAAAAAAAAGUAUCUUUACUCUCUUUAUCACGAGAUAAGCAUAAAGAUCAAUAUAUUAAUUUCAACUCACUAAAAAACCAAGAAUGCCAAAAUGAAAUGGCUUUUAAUCCUAACACAUUAAGAAAUACUUCAUUAGAACUGGAAAAUACGAAAAUACCAGAUAUUCAUAGAAAAGAAACAAGAGAGCAACGAGCGAUUAACAAUCUUAAAGGAGUUAUUGAUGAAAAUUUAUUGCAGAUAAUUGUUAAUGAUAUUGUGGUUAAAGGAGACAAGGUUUCAUGGGAUGAUAUAGCAGGUUUAGAAGAUGCGAAAAAAACUCUUAAAGAAACUGUUAUAUAUCCUUUAUUAAGACCAGAUUUGUUCAGUGGAUUAAGAGAGCCAGCUACUGGAGUUCUUUUAUUUGGUCCUCCUGGUACUGGAAAAACAAUGCUCGCAAAAGCAGCUGCUACACAGGCAAAAUCUACAUUUUUUUCGAUAUCAGCAUCAUCUUUAACAUCUAAAUUUCUUGGUGAAUCUGAAAAACUUGUGCGUGCAUUAUUCUCUUUAGCAAAGGAACUAUCGCCUAGUAUUAUUUUUGUUGAUGAAAUAGACGCACUUUUAUCAUCUAGAAGAGAAGAUGGGCAUGAACAUGAAGCAUCUAGGCGUCUAAAAACAGAAUUUCUGAUCCAGUGGUCUUCUUUAGCAAAACCAGUUAUAAAUAAUGAUGAAUCAGAACCUAUUUUAAGGGUUUUAGUACUAGCAGCAACAAAUAUUCCAUGGGCAAUUGAUGAAGCAGCAAGACGUCGAUUUGCAAGAAGACAAUAUAUACCAUUGCCAGAACGUGAUACGAGAAUGCAACAAAUUUUACAUCUACUUAGAUAUCAAACACAUACCUUAUCGGACGAAGAUAUAAAAAAUUUAGUUGAUAUUACUGAAGGGUAUUCAGGAUCAGAUAUUACAGCCUUAACAAAAGAUGCUGCAAUGGGUCCACUUCGAUGCUUAGGUGAAGCUCUAUUAACAGCUAAACAAGAUUUGAUUCGACCUAUUAACUUGGACGAUUUUAAGGCAAGUCUUCGAUUAAUUAGGCCCAGCGUAAGCCAAAAAAGAUUAAUAGAAUUUGAAAAAUUUAAUAGAGAAUUUGGUAUACAAUGUUAAAUAUCAUAUAAUAAUUAAAAUAAAGUUACAUGAAAAUCAUUACC